AUCAAUUCAUUGUCCCCUGCAUUUCUAUAUAAUAAACACUUCUGUAUUGAACCAUACCCUCGAAAUUGAAGAUACUUGUGCUUCUGAUCAGAGAGUAAGUUCAUUAAACCAUGGCAAAGAGUGAUGUGAAAGUUUUGGGUUCCUGGCCGAGCCCAUAUUCAAUGAGGGCAAGGAUUGCUCUCAACAUCAAGUCUGUCAACUAUGAGUAUGUUGAUGAGAGAUUAUGGGAAGGCAAAAGCGAGUUUCUUCUCAAAUCAAACCCCGUUCACAAGAAAAUCCCAGUCCUCAUCCAUGGUGAUAAGCCCAUCUGUGAGUCUCUCAUUAUUGUACAAUACAUCGACGAGACUUGGUCUUCUGGUCCUUCUAUUCUUCCUUCUGACCCCUAUGAAAGAGCCAUCGCUCGUUUUUGGGCUGCAUAUCUUGACGAAAAGUGGUUCCCAUCCAUAAAAAGUAUUGGUAUCGCUCAAGAAGAGGAUGCAAGGAAAGCAGCAAUAGCUCAAGUGGAAGAAGGGUUGGUGCUGUUGGAAGAAGCAUUUGGUAAGUGUGGCAAAGGGAAGCCUUUCUUUGGAGGGGAUCAAAUAGGGUACCUUGACAUUGCAUUUGGGUGCUUUUUGGGCUGGCUAAGAGCCACAGAGAAGAUGAGCGGGAUCAAGCUGCUUAGUGAAUCCAAGACUCCUGCUCUGCUUAAUUGGGCUGGCAGGUUCUGCUCCGACGCUACUGUGAAGGAUGUUAUGCCUGACACUGACAAGCUUGCGGCGUUCGGCAAGAUGGUUAUAGCCAAAGUAAGAGGUGCUGGAGCUGAAAUUCAUGGUUAAAUUAGAAGAUUUUGCUAUAUUAUACUUCUUGAACUGAAUUGUCUCUCAUCCAUGUGAAAUUGGAAUUAAAUUAACAAUGUUUGGAAAGCAAAAUAAUUAAGUAGCUUUCAUAUAUUGGAAGUUACAUUUCCACCCCACAGAUCCUCAUGUACCAAAUAAAUUUACAACAACCUUUUCCCAAAUUAUACCAUGC